CAUGAAGGCUUGGAGCUUCUUGCUCACCAGGACAAGGUCGCGGGCUAUCCCAGCCAUCUUCGGGCGGGAGGCGGGGUACGCCGCCUCUUGAUGACGUAAUAUGACGCACAGUUGAGUCGUGCGGUCAAGAUGGCGGCCCCCGUGAGCCUGUUGGUCCGGAGGGUUUUGCGUCGAACUUCCACGGCUGGCGAAUUGCGCCUGUCGGCCCGCUGCUGGGCGCCGCCGUCCUGCCGAAGUUUUAGCGAUGAAGUGGGAGAGAAAAACACCCAUUUCGGCUUCGAAACUGUCCCGGAGGCAGAGAAGGCGAAGAAAGUGUACAAAGUGUUUGAGAACGUGGCUCAGAAGUACGACUUGAUGAACGACGCCAUGAGUCUGGGCAUCCAUCGCCUGUGGAAAGACGCGCUGCUGCACGCCAUGCACCCCCAGCCUGGGGCGUGCCUCCUGGAUGUAGCCGGUGGAACAGGCGACAUCGCCUUCCGUUUCCUGGAAUACGUCGCCUCUCAAAAAGAACGCCAGGCUAGGCGGACGGCGCACUCUAUGGGGACGCCGUCGUGGCAGGACAUCUCGGACAAAUACUCCGACAAUGAGGAGGAGGAGGAGGGUGAGAAACGCAGACUCCGGGAAUCCAGGGCGGUGGUCUGUGACAUAAACAAGGAGAUGCUGAAAGUGGGAAAGGAGAAAGCCCGCCACAUGGGCGUCAGUGCUGGUGUGUCGUGGGUGGUGGGUGACGGGGAGGAGUUGCCGUUCGAUGACCAGCAAUUUGACAUCUACACCAUCGCCUUUGGCAUUCGGAAUGUCACGCACGUAGAGCUGGCCCUGCAGGAGGCGCUGCGUGUCCUGAAACCUGGCGGCAGGUUCAUGUGUUUGGAGUUCAGCAAGGUGACCAAUCCUGUCUUGGCCAGGCUUUACGAUGCUUACAGCUUCCAGGUGAUCCCGGUUUUGGGGGAGGUGAUUGCGGGAGACUGGAAGUCGUAUCAGUACUUGGUGGAAAGCAUCCGAAAGUUUCCCGCUCAGGAGGAGUUUAAGGAAAUGAUGGAGGAUGCGGGUUUCUCGUGCGUGCACUACCACAACUUGACAGGCGGCGUGGUCUCGCUUCACUCGGGUUUCAAGCUGUGACCGACCAACUGUAACGGCGUCUCGCUGACUCCUUCCACCUACGUCAAGUGUUCAAAGCAUCACGUGAUGGCACCUCAAGUCUCAUUUGCCAAGGUCUAAGAACUGACCUUUACUCUGUACAAUCUGUAUUUAGGUUUAGGCAUAAGGUCUCAACCUUUGAGAGCGCUCCCGAAAAGGAAAACAUCUCUGUAUUAUUCCCGCUAUCAUUUAGCCAAAAACACGAAGACUCUAAAUUGCCCGUAGGUGUGGAUGUGAGUGAGAAUGGUUGUUUGUUCCUAUGUGCCCUGCGAUUGGCUGGCGACCGGUUCAGGGUAUACCCCGCCUCUCGCCCGAAGAUAGCUGGGAUAGGCUCCAGCAGCCCGCGACCCUACUGAGGAGAAGCGGUAAAGAAAGUGGAUGGAUGGAUGGACGUCCAAGGUCAGGAUUGGAUUGUGAGAAUGAAAUGAUGAAAUUAUGUUUGAUUCAUGUGUGUUGUAACUUUUAAUAAAUGGUCUUUCUCCAGA